GGUGUCAUUCUACAAAUACCGCAUGGACGAAAAGGCUCCCGCGACCGGAAUCGCGUUCAGCCCUUAACUGACACAAACAGGCCGAGCGCAGGACUCGAGUUUGCAAUAAGAUUCACGACUGAGCGCUCGAGUGAGGAAUGGAUGCAGCAUGAACACGUGCAUUGGUUUAUAGCUAUCGGUAGCUAUCGCCAGCUUACCUCGCGUCCGCAGAAUCUAGGUCUAGGGUUUUCCGCCCCAAUGGCCAGCGAGCGAGGCCAGCAAAUGCCAGCGCCACGUUUCGGCCGCAACGAACCCCCCUCCCCGUUUUUACGUUGCGGCUCAGCGUGGAACCCCCAACUAAAGCUGGCGUAGUCCAAGCCAGCCCACCAUGCAUCUACAAGGUCGCCGAUGAUAUGAUUUUGCCCAUCCAAUUAGCAUAGCGCAUGGGGCAGUAGAUGCCACAGUGGCGGCCAGGGGGGGGAGGCGGCCAGGGCCUGGCGGGGCGCAAAGGCCUGCGGCAGACCAACCCGCGCUUCUUCACAGGCCGCUUCUUCCACUGUGGGCAGUGGAGCCACAUCGCGAGGGCGGUCGAGGUGCGCGACGGGGGAAAGGUUGACGCGCGGUGCGGCGCCUGCAAGAACAAGAGCAGCAUCAGCAUUAAGAAGUGGGGCCUGGUGGAGGUCGUUGACCUGUGCGACAGCGACUGAGCGGGAGCGGAUUCACAGGUUUGACGACUCUUGACAACGGUGCGGUGCGGUGCGGUGCGGUGCGGUGCGGUGCGGUGCGGUGCGGUGCGGUGCGGUGCGGUGCGGUGCGGUGCGGUGCAGUGCGGUGUGGUGUGGUGCGGUGCGGGUUGCUGGGCUUCAGACGAGAGAGUAUGUGGAAAGCAGCGCGGACUUCGGUGGCGGCGUUGGAAAGCGGCGACGCAAACCGCGGGGAUGGCAAGGUUGUCGCGUUGAUGUGCAGCGAAGGGACGGCACCAGCAGGCACGGUGAGCAGGUUUUGUGCACCCAGAUGACUCAUGUCCUGGAUACGGCAAGCGUACUGGUUAGGAGAAGCACCAGCUUUGGCAGCCGGCGGAGCUGACUUGCCAGACCGAUUACUACGGCAUGGGUGCGCCGGCAACCACAUGAGCCACGUCUUCGGUGCCCCUACGGAGGUGGCAGUGUAGUGGCGAAGGCGCCAACAGUGGGCGCAGCCAUGCAGGGGCCGAUGUGCUCAACCUUUGGCACAUGCCCCGCCAUCAUCGCCCUAAAAUCAGUAACUUAUGAAUGCGGAUGUUACAGAGGGGACAGUCCCAGCACCUGAAGACUUAUGAACCCCGAACUCAAUCCAACCCACCCCCAUACACGCCCUCAGCGAGGCCAGCGGUGACAGCGCUUGGCACAUCAGGACACAGGUUCUGCAUGUUCCUCGCCAUUGCUACAGUAACACUGCAAUUCAAUUGGAUCUAGCUGACAUUACAUACACAGAGAUUCUUGAGCACACGGCACGCCGGCUAUAUUACGCCAGCGCCUAAGCGCGUUUUCCCUCCCAGUCUCCCUUGACCGGACCCAGGGGUGACUGGACACAUGCGAUGGGCCAGCCGUGUGAAUGUUGGACACGCUCUUCCUUUGCGUGAUGCGCACGUCGACCCCUGGAACGGCCAGGCGCAGAGGACUGCCUGUAAAGUCACCCUCGCCAGCGGACCUGUCCAGCCGAUCGGGAACAUUCGAGGCUCUCGCCAUCGCCGUCUUCACAAUCGAGGCAACAAUAUGUUUGGUCUAUGUCUAGUGUGCGUGGCGUAUUCCCAGGCCUGUAACGUUCUCACCUGAGGAACAACGGCAAGGUGCAGGAGGGGGGCCAAGGCGUAAGUGCGCGGCUGGUCGAACGCUGGGUUUCCGGUGCCGAUACGUUCGAAAUGCCUGACGUGCAAUUCUCUCGCUUCGGGUGCACGACCUGGUGAUAGCAAGGAGGUGGUCUUGGGCUGGGGCCGUGCUGUUGUCCAAUCACAGGCGCUAGCGGCUGCGCCAGCAAGCAGGUCAGGGGCUCAAACCAGGUGCUGUAGACCGAGGUGCGCUACCCAUCAGCAUUUCAACGAGCGUGUGCGGCAUCUUUGGCGGAGCUAGCAUCGGCGCCCUGCGUUCGAGGGAGGGGUUCACUGCAAAGGGGAAUGUGCGGGAGGCGUGCCUCACUUCCGCGGCCUCCCCUUUUAGCGAAUUGCUUGCUAGUGAACCGUAUGACAAGAAAGAACGCGGCCAGCGGCGUCCUGCGGCGUUGACGUCAGUGGCACGGCGGGACAGUUGUGGCACGCGUGGGCGUGCCUUGGCCUCACCGUGUGCGCAGUCCCCGAAGAAACAUGCCAAUUGAAUGUAAGCAAGAGUGGUU